GGUCCAUGGGAUGGUAUCUGGGCAGCAGCUCUUUGAUUUUCUAUUUUCUAAGAAUCCAGAAGCACGUAUGAACAUGAGUGAAAUGGUCUCCUUCUGGGGAUACCCCAGUGAGGAGUAUGAUGUGGUGACUGAAGAUGGAUAUAUCCUUCAGAUUAACAGAAUUCCUUAUGGGAGAGGAAAUGCUGGAAACAAAGGUCCAAGGCCUGUUGUAUUUCUGCAGCAUGGUUUAUUUGCAGAAGGCAGCAUGUGGGUUACCAAUUUGCCUAACAACAGUCUGGGCUUCAUUCUUGCGGAUGCUGGCUAUGAUGUUUGGAUAGGAAACAGCAGAGGGAACACUUGGUCCAAGCGACAUCAAGUCCUCUCUCCCAAACGAAAGGAAUUCUGGGCUUUCAGCUUUGAUGAAAUGGCUAAACAUGACCUCCCAGCAAUUAUAAACAUUAUUGAACAGAAAACAGGACAAAAGCAGUUAUAUUACAUUGGUCAUUCACAAGGCACCACUAUAGCUUUUAUAGCCUUUUCCACUAUACCUCACCUGGCUCACAAAAUUAAAAUGCACUUUGCUUUAGCACCUGUGGCCACAGUCGCAUUUAUUCAAAGUCCAUUUAAAAAGCUAGCAUUCUUUUCUGACUAUGGUCUCAAGGAAAUGUUUGGCACCAAAGAGUUUCUACCACACACUAUCUUGGGUGAGCUGGUCCUUUCGAAAUUCUGUACCCAUUCAAAGACCUGCAGGAACUUCUUGUCCAUGCUCUUUGGGUUUAACUGGAAGAAUGUAAAUAUGAGCCGAAUAGAUGUGUAUGCAGCACACGCCCCAGCGGGAACAUCAGUACAAAAUCUAAUCCACUGGUUGCAGGGAGUUCGAAGUGGUGCACUGAGAGCUUAUGAUGGGGGAAGCAUCUAUAACAGUCUUCGCUAUAGGCAGAUGGGUCCACCGCUCUACAAUGCGAAAAACAUGACAGUGCCGACUGCCAUCCGGAGUGGUGGAGCUGACUGCCUGGCUGAUCCUCGCGACGUUGCCCUCCUGCUCCCACAGAUACCUAACCUAGUUCACUACAGGGCAAUUCCCGAAACAUAA